CCAUUGACACUACUCCGAGUCUCCAGUUGCGCCCAUGCCUGUGCCGCCAGUUUCGUUUUAGGGGCUGAACCGCAGGAGCUGAAGAAAAUGAGGCAGAGCGUACCCCGGACCCUCCUGCUGCUGCUGGCGGGGCUGCUGGGGAAGGCUCUGGCGGGGUUCCCCAACACCAUCAGUAUAGGUGGACUUUUCAUGAGGAACACUGUUCAAGAGCACAGUGCAUUUCGGUUUGCUGUGCAGUUAUACAACACAAACCAAAAUACCACAGAAAAGCCCUUCCAUUUGAACUAUCAUGUAGAUCACUUGGACUCUUCCAACAGUUUCUCAGUGACAAAUGCUUUCUGUUCACAGUUUUCCAGAGGAGUUUAUGCCAUCUUUGGAUUCUAUGACCAGAUGUCAAUGAACACACUGACGUCGUUUUGUGGAGCCCUUCACACAUCCUUUGUCACGCCGAGCUUCCCAACUGAUGCAGAUGUACAGUUUGUUAUCCAGAUGCGGCCAGCACUAAAAGGAGCCAUCUUGAGCCUCUUGACUUAUUAUAAAUGGGAAAAGUUUGUGUACCUCUAUGACACAGAACGGGGAUUUUCCAUUCUUCAGGCAAUCAUGGAAGCAGCAGUACAGAACAACUGGCAAGUGACAGCCAGAUCUGUAGGAAGCAUAAAGGAUGUUCAAGAGUUCAGAAGAAUCAUAGAGGAGAUGGACAGACGACAGGAGAAAAGAUACUUAAUUGACUGUGAAGUAGACAGAAUCAACACCAUUUUGGAACAGGUUGUAAUCCUCGGCAAACAUUCUAGAGGCUAUCACUACAUGUUAGCUAACCUGGGUUUCACAGACAUUGUUCUGGAGAGAGUAAUGCACGGCGGUGCCAACAUUACUGGAUUCCAGAUUGUUAAUAAUGAAAACCCAAUGGUUCAACAGUUCCUGCAGCGCUGGGUGAGACUCGAUGAAAGGGAAUUCCCUGAAGCCAAAAACUCACCAUUAAAGUAUACAUCUGCACUGACCCAUGAUGCAGUCCUAGUCAUAGCAGAGGCUUUUCGUUACCUCCGAAGACAGCGUGUGGAUGUCUCCAGGAGAGGUAGUGCUGGAGACUGCCUGGCUAACCCUGCAGUACCGUGGAGCCAAGGAAUUGAUAUAGAAAGAGCACUGAAAAUGGUGCAAGUUCAAGGAAUGACAGGGAACAUCCAGUUUGACACCUAUGGGAGAAGAACAAAUUAUACGAUCGAUGUCUAUGAGAUGAAAGCUGGGGGAUCACGAAAGGCUGGUUAUUGGAAUGAGUAUGAAAGGUUUGUGCCAGCAUUAGAUCAGCUGCCCUCCAAUGACACUUCCUCUGUGGAGAACAGAACUAUAGUAGUCACUACUAUCUUGGAAUCACCAUAUGUAAUGUAUAAGAAAAACCAUGAACAACUAGAAGGGAAUGAGAGAUAUGAAGGAUAUUGUGUAGACUUAGCUUCUGAAAUAGCAAAACAUGUUGGAAUUAAAUACAAACUGUCAAUUGUUGGAGAUGGGAAAUAUGGAGCUAGGGACCCUGAGACUAAGAUAUGGAAUGGCAUGGUGGGUGAGCUGGUCUAUGGGAGAGCAGACAUAGCUGUUGCCCCCCUCACCAUAACACUGGUGCGAGAAGAAGUCAUAGACUUUUCCAAACCCUUUAUGAGCCUGGGCAUCUCCAUUAUGAUCAAGAAGCCUCAGAAAUCUAAACCGGGCGUGUUCUCUUUCCUGGAUCCUUUGGCGUACGAAAUUUGGAUGUGUAUAGUCUUUGCUUACAUUGGCGUCAGCGUAGUUCUUUUCCUAGUCAGCAGAUUCAGCCCUUACGAAUGGCAUUUGGAAGACAGCAAUGAAGAGCCACGAGACCCUCAGAAUCCUCCUGACCCUCCAAAUGAGUUUGGAAUAUUUAACAGCCUUUGGUUUUCCCUGGGUGCCUUUAUGCAGCAAGGAUGCGAUAUUUCUCCAAGAUCUCUCUCAGGGCGAAUUGUCGGAGGCGUCUGGUGGUUCUUCACUCUCAUCAUUAUCUCCUCCUACACUGCUAAUCUUGCUGCCUUCCUUACGGUGGAAAGGAUGGUUUCUCCCAUAGAGAGCGCAGAGGACCUGGCUAAGCAAACGGAAAUAGCCUAUGGCACCUUGGAUUCAGGCUCGACCAAAGAAUUCUUUAGAAGAUCAAAAAUAGCUGUCUAUGAGAAAAUGUGGUCAUACAUGAAGUCAGCCGAGCCCUCGGUGUUCACCAAAACAACCGCGGACGGGGUGGCAAGGGUGCGGAAGUCCAAGGGGAAGUUUGCCUUCCUACUGGAGUCCACGAUGAACGAGUACAUCGAGCAGCGCAAGCCCUGCGACACCAUGAAAGUCGGCGGCAACCUGGAUUCCAAGGGCUAUGGUGUAGCAACCCCCAAAGGCUCAGCAUUAAGAACUCCUGUAAACCUUGCAGUAUUGAAACUCAGUGAACAAGGCAUCUUAGACAAGCUGAAAAACAAAUGGUGGUACGAUAAGGGUGAAUGUGGAGCCAAGGACUCCGGAAGUAAGGACAAGACCAGUGCUCUGAGCCUGAGCAAUGUUGCUGGGGUUUUCUAUAUCCUUGUCGGAGGCCUUGGGCUGGCCAUGAUGGUGGCACUGAUCGAGUUCUGCUACAAGUCUCGGGCUGAGUCCAAGCGAAUGAAACUCACCAAGAACACACAGAACUUCAAACCUGCCCCUGCCACCAACACCCAGAAUUAUGCCACCUACAGAGAAGGCUACAACGUGUACGGCACAGAAAGUGUGAAAAUCUAGGGAUCAUCAACCUGACAGCAUGCAAGAGGAGAAGCAGCAGAGAAUGUGGCUACUUCAUGGAUUCAGACCACCUGAGCCAGUCAUACUCUCUCUGAGGUGUCAGGCAUGACACGUAUUGAUGAUGGUGCAAUGUACUUUUAAUAGGAGAAACUGAUAUUUUUUCCUUCAGUGCCUUAUGGAAGACUCUGAGACUCACAACAAUGCAAACCAUCACUGAAAUAUUCUUGCUUUGCUUGAAAGAAGAAAAAGGAAAAAAAAAACUAAAAUAAGUAAGGAAAGAAAAUAAAAGAAAAAAGAAGAAAAGGAAAAGAGGAGGGGGAGGAAAAAGAAAAGGAAAAAAUAAAAGAAAAAUAAAAGAAAGAAGAAAAAGAAGGGGAAAGAAAGAUAAAAAAGGGGGAAAAGAAGGAAAAAAGGAAGGAAAAGGGAGAGGAAAAUACAAGAAAACAGAAAAAUAGGGAAAAGAAAAAGAGGGAAAAAAAGAUUUUUUUUUUCUUUAAGUGAAAAAGGUAAAAAGAAAAGGACUGGUAACAAGAUAUUAGUACGUGAAACAAAUUCUUGUAAAAAAAUCAGUGCAACAAAAGCCAUUCUUUGAUACCACUGCACACUCAAUGAACUUGUGUCCUGAAAGCAAACCGCACUCGGUUUCAUCAGCCACCCCGAUCGUAUCAAAUUAUGAAACUCCUCCUGACACAAAGCCUCCAAAACCUGCUGCGUGCGAAUACGGACUGGCCUGUCACUGCUUGUAUGAGCUGAUGUCAAGAUGUUUCAGUAUUUACUUACCAGUGGUGUGAUGUUUUUUUUCUUUCCUGAGCCACUUCAAACUCUCCAGCGAAUCUGGGCAAUUCUGUACAGCAGUAAGAGGUGGGACACCUGAAGAAAAGAAUCGUGCAUUAAACCUAUUAAGGUCAAUGAGUGUGAAUCUGUAAAUGCAAAAGAAGGUAAUUUGUAGUACUGCAUGUCUUGCUUCCAGAUCAGUAAAUUAAUUUCUUGACAAGGUAGCUAAAGUACAGGCAGAAAUAGUGCAUUCCUUUUUUUCCCCUCUAUCAGGCAUACCUACAGGUGCUUUACCAGAAUGGCAUUGGGUGGCUUGAAAAAUAAAAAAGGCAAACAAAAGUAAACAAAAGAGAAGCUGUUUAGGUUCAGACCAUAGAUCUCUUUUCUUGCUGUGCAUUUGCAUUUAAUUCACUGUUUAAUAUCAAGCAAUGAAGCAAGAGAAGUGCAGGUUAGUUUUCCCCGAGCCUGCUUCUGCCUCAGCCCAGUUCUCUCAUGACUAGCACUGUGCUCAGCUAACGCUUCUCCGUUAAUGGUCCUUUUAAAACCAGUAAGGAAAGAGGAUAGUAACUCCAAUUAGAGCUGCAGUUCCAGAGUAAUAUGUAAGCGAUCUAACAUGACUCCUGCUAGUACUGUUAUAUUAUAUCAGCUCCUGCCAACUCUUGUUUCGUGGUUGCUGGUGAGAGGCUGCUCCUGCCCUUGCCCUCUGUGGGAAAGAGGACGCCGCACUCCAGUUGACACCUCUACAGGUAGGGCUCACUACUACUCGCAUCCAACAUCUUAGACAGCAGCAGCCUUCCAGCCUCGAGCCUCCGCCUGAAAACUACUUAACUUCAUCUUUAAAACACAACAGCAACAAAAAAAAAAUUAAAAAAGCAAAAGACAAAAAAAACCCCAAACAAACCCAAAACCCCAACCCUUUAAGCAUAUUGUCAAUCACAAGGGAAAUGUUCAAUGAAAUAUCUGCGUUACUAAUUACCUCUAAUCGACAAUAUGUAUUUUCUGUAGUUUACUAUAGAGUUUUAUUUCAUCAGUAACAUGCGACGAAAAAGAAACUCAUUUAAACCAGUCCGACCCUUAGGAGUUUAGUUUGCUGAUGAUAGAUUUGAACUUUUAAUAGGAUUUAAAAAAAAAAGAAAAAAGAAAAAAGAAAAAAGAAAGAAAAAAAAAGCAAAAGUAGAAACUAAAGAGAAAAUAAGACAAAAAAAAAGAAAAACACUGUUUGGGGAAAAGUCUUGUUAAAAAAUAAGCAUUUCCAACAAAAUGUAAUAUACAAUAAUUUUAAAAGCUCAUAGGAGAAUAAUUUAUUGUUCGAGUUUUUAACAAGAUAUUGACCAAAAAAAAAAAAAAAAGAAAAAAAAGAAGAAGAAGAAAAAAAAAAGAUGCUUUGGUUUCAUUUUCUUUUCAUGAAACUGUGAUUUAUUUGUUUUUCCUUCUUUCCAACUUCUGAAGGCGCUCCCGUCCCCAGCAAGGGCGAGCUAAAGCUGUGCGGUUAUGAGUUGUAUUUAAAGCAAACAUUUUUUUUCUUAAAAGCUGUAUAAAAGAUGUAUGUUUAACAGAAUCACUUUUUAAGAGUGGAGGCUUCACACUGGUGAAGGGAGUUUGGUAAAUGGUUCAAAUUUCUUUUUAAACUUGCAUGUAAAGCUAAAACAAGAAAUGUGUUGAGUGCUUACCAAUUCCGGCUACCAACUUCGAGCUAUCGGAAGUUUGGCAGUAGUCUCACCACGAUUUGUUUCAGUACUAUUUUUUUCAGUUGUUAUGCUUUGGGGAUUUUGGGGGGGUUGUCUUUCCUGUUUCUUUUCUUUCUUUCUUUUAAUCUCUUCUUUUUCUUUUCUUUUCUUCUUUUUUUUUUUUUUUUUUUUUUUGUUUAUAAUUUAAGUUCCUAUUUUUGGUCGUUGAAACUGCACUUCAGUGAGCAGAAAACUUGCCAAGCAAACUAAUGGCUGUAAAAGCAUAAACUGCAUGUGUGGACAUCGAUUACUGAGCCUCAUUUUAAUGAGGUGUUGUACAAAGAGUUUUAAUACCUUUUGUAAAUAAAACUGUAAAGAAAAAAAAAAA